CGGCGGCCGUGACGCGCGGGGGCGGGUCUGCGCACCUUCCCGGCCCGGCCGGCGAUUCAUUCAAAAGGCGCGCAGGCUGCGCGGCUGUCCGGGCGCUCGCCGAGCUGGGCCGCGGCGCCGAGUCGAACUGGGAGCCGAGGUGGAGCUGCCGCGGCGCGGCCAGGCCGGCGACCACCAGGGGCCUGAGGAUGAAGCCAAGACUGCUGUGCCGACCCCUGUCCUGCUUCCUUAUGCUGCUGCCCUGGCCUCUCGCCACCCUGACAUCAACAACCCUUUGGCAGUGCCCACCUGGGGAGGAGCCCGACCUGGACCCGGGGCAGGGCACAUUAUGCAGGCCCUGCCCCCCAGGCACCUUCUCAGCUGCAUGGGGCUCCAGCCCAUGCCAGCCCCAUGCCCGCUGCAGCCUUUGGAGGAGGCUGGAGGCCCAGGUGGGCACGGCAACUCGAGAUACUCUCUGUGGAGACUGCUGGCCUGGGUGGUUUGGGCCUUGGGGGGUUCCCCGCAUUCCAUGUCAACCGUGUUCCUGGGCACCUCUGGGUACUCAUGGCUGUGAUGAGUGGGGGCGGCGGGCCCGACGUGGCGUGGAGGUGGCAGCAGGGGCCAGCAGCGGUGGUGAGACACGGCAGCCUGGGAACAGCACCCGGGCAGGUAGCCCAGAGGAGACAGCCGCCCAGUACGCGGUCAUCGCCAUCGUCCCUGUCUUCUGCCUCAUGGGGCUGUUGGGCAUCCUGGUGUGCAACCUCCUCAAGCGGAAGGGCUACCACUGCACGGCGCACAAGGAGGUCGGGCCCGGCCCUGGAGGUGGAGGCAGUGGAAUCAACCCUGCCUACCGGACUGAGGAUGCCAAUGAGGACACCAUUGGGGUCCUGGUACGCCUGAUCACAGAGAAGAAAGAGAAUGCUGCGGCCUUGGAGGAGCUGCUGAAAGAGUACCACAGCAAACAGCUGGUGCAGACGAGCCACAGGCCUGUGUCCAAGCUGCCGCCAGCGCCCCUGAACGUGCCACACAUCUGCCCGCACCGCCACCACCUCCACACCGUGCAGGGCCUGGCCUCGCUCUCUGGCCCCUGCUGCUCCCGUUGUAGCCAGAAGAAGUGGCCUGAGGUGCUGCUGUCCCCUGAGGCUGUAGCCGCCACUACUCCUGCUCCUAGCCUUCUGCCUAACCCGACCAGGGUUCCCAAGGCCGGGGCCAAGGCAGGGCGUCAGGGCGAGAUCACCAUCUUGUCUGUGGGCAGGUUCCGCGUGGCUCGAAUUCCUGAGCAGCGGACAAGUUCAAUGGUGUCUGAGGUGAAGACCAUCACGGAGGCUGGGCCCUCGGGGGGUGAUCUCCCUGACUCCCCACAACCUGGCCUCCCCCCUGAGCAGCAGGCACUGCUAGGAAGUGGUGGGAGCCAUACUAAGUGGCUGAAGCCCCCAGCAGAGAACAAGGCCGAGGAGAAUCGCUAUGUGGUCCGGCUAAGUGAGAGCAGCCUGGUCAUCUGAGGGGCGGUCUAGUCUGAGGACACUGAGGCCCUGCCCUGGGAGGUUCCGAAGGCUUCCUGGAGGAGGUGGAGCUGCAGCUGGGACUGUGAGGACCGAGAAGCAAUGGCCCAGCAGACGAGACAGCAAAGACCAAGGCCUGGAGGUGGGAGCGUCCGCCCCAGUGAGGAGGCAGGUGGCCGGCGGGCACUGUGUACAGGAGCAGGCUGAGCCCCGCCCCUGGCCCUGCUGCCAUGUUGCUCCCCUGCAGGAUGCCCCAACCCCCAUGCCUGCCCUGGCUGGAUCCUAGGAGCCCACGGGAUUCUCUGUAUCAUCAGAGGGCUGGGCCUGGCAGAGGGGAGGGGCCCGUGCCCGUCACCCCUGGCCCCAUUGGUAAUUAGCCACACCCUUGCCUCUGUACAGGGCCGUAGAGCAGAUGUGCCUCCCCCUCCUCUUCCAGCAGGUCUAUAAAGGGAAGGGGCAACAGAAAGUCCUGGGCUAGGAGAAUUGAGUCCCUGGGUUCUAAUCUUGGGCACGUCUGUGGCCAUCGCUGGGUCCAUUUUUCUGACUGUGAAGUAAGGAGAGAUGUCUCAGUACCCAGGGCCUCUUCAGCUCUUUGUAGGUUCUGGGCUGGGUCGUGGGGGACUGGGGAGCUGUGCUCUACCAUCCCUCCUAUUAGUAGCUUUAUCUAGCCCCGUUUUUGCUGCUUCCAGGGCCUCUGCCUUCAAGGUCCCCACGGGGCUGUCCAUCCGUGGCUCUGCCUACGGAAGGGGCUUAAUGCAUGUGCCUGCCCCUCCUCCAGCUGUUUUUAAUGAAACUGAAAAAACAGACUUGAUCCUGGCAGGACUGUGAUACAGAGCCCUAGCCUGCCCAGCCAGCCCCAAGAUCUCAGGAGCUUUAGGGAGAAGAGUGUUGGUGGGGCUGGAGCACACCUCGGGCCUCAGUGGUUUCUGCGUCCCUGUGGUGCCAGUGCUUCUGGGCAGUGCAGGCGGCUGCCAGGCCCAGCCCCAACCUCCACUCUGGCUCAGCAACCUGGUUAUUUAUGUGGGGCCGUGCAGGCAUGGGCCCACUGCCUGUCCGUCCUGUUUCUCUUAUUUAUUGAAACUCACCAUUGCCCUAUCCUUGUGUCUCCACCCCCUUCCAUGUGUUGAAUAAUAAAAGGUGGGAAAGUGCUGUCA